AUCUGUCUCAUAUUUAUAUCUAGAAGAAUGACGAUUAAGAGCUAAAGCCCCUCAUCAAGCUCGCGGAGUGCAUUAUCAAGCGGCGAAAUGGACUUUUCAGUAAUCCAACCUUACCAAUAUGUGGCCAUCCGGCUACCCUCAGAUCAGACGAAAGUCGAACAAAUGGUCCCCAACACUCUGAUAAACCUGGGCAAAUAUGGGUCUUUCCGCACAAACCAGAUCAUGGGCCGGCCGUACCACCUAACUUUUGAGAUUCUUGACCGGUCCGAGGUCAAGAACGGCAGAGAGCUCCGAGUUGUGCAGGCCGCCGAAUUGCAUGCCGUCGCUCUGGUCGAGCAGGCGGAGACGGAAGAUGUGCCGACCCCGGUGACUGAGCUGGACGACGCGGGACUCUCACAGCAGCCGACGCCCAAAUCCAACGUCAACACCCACGACGACCCCACGAAUCAGAAGCUGACCAUGACCGAGAUCGAAUCUCUCAAGCGGAACACCAUGGGCAGCGGGAGAGAACUGAUCGAGAAGAUCAUGCAAUCCCAUUCCACCCUUGAUCAGAAGACGGCCUUCUCUCUCGCCAAAUAUACGCUCAGAAAGCACAAGAAGUACAUGAAGCAGUUUACUGUGCUGCCGCUGGAUGUGACGACGCUGGUAGAUUGGAUGAUGGCCGACCGGGAGUUUGCGAAGAUCAUGGAGAUGAGAAACGAGGCCGUCGGCCUGCUCGGGUGUUGGGCGAAUGUCCACGCUGCCGGGCAAGACUCUGCCAUGCUCGCUAACAUGGAUCCAUAUUCCCGGUAUCUGGUUGUAGAUGACACGGGCGGUCUACUCGUUGCAGCUAUGGCCGAGAGGAUGGGCGUUCUACACCAAACACACUUCGGACACGAGGCGACUGCCUCCGCCGAAGAUGAAGACGUGGACGAGGAACAACCCGAUGAGGUAGCGCCACAUUUACAUCGAAGGUCACACCGCGAACAUUACCGCCGCUUGGCCAUGAGCGCAUCAUCCAGCACGAUCACCCUCGUGCACGCGAAUCAACAGCCCAACCUAGGCCUAUUACGUUAUUUCAACUUUGACUCCAACGCCCCCACUGCUUCCCAUCCAUUAUACACACACCUUAAGACCCUCUCGUGGCUACAGCUGCUUGAACCUGAGUCCGGCACCACGUACCAAGAACCGCCCACGAUACCGGAUUCGGAACUGGCGAGGAUGAAAUCGAACCGAAGGAGUGCUUACUACCGCAAACGACGACGGUGGGAACGUGUCAAGAACGUCGUCGACGAGACCCAGGCGGGCGGCUUCAACGGCCUGAUCGUCGCCAGUUUCACCGAUCCGGCAUCGACAUUGCGCCAUCUCGUGCCUUUGUUGGCGGGCGGGAGCCAAGUGGUGGUCUACUCGCCGCACGCCGAACCUCUCGUUGAACUGGCGGACUACUACUCUACGGCACGGCGGACUGCGUUCAUCAAUACACCUCUGGAACAAAGGACUGUGCCGUCAGAGGACUUCCCGGUUGAUCCGACACUGCUCUUAGCGCCGACAGUGCAGACUGCAAGAGUGAGGAAGUGGCAGGUCUUGCCGGGCCGGACGCAUCCAUUGAUGACGGGAAGGGGUGGGGCAGAGGGCUAUAUCUUCGUAGCGACUAGAGUUGUGCCUGCGGAGGGAAAGGUUGAGGCGAGAGGUAGACCGCCUAGGGGAAAGAAGGCCAAGGUCGAAGACAUGUCGACCGGAAGCCCAGUUGAAGGUGAACUGGAAGGAGGAAAGAGAACGGCAGAUAUUGAGGAGACACCCCAGUCGCCGCUAAAGAAACUAAAGGUCGGGGCUGUGGCGCAGGAACAGGGCGAUCUAGAGGCGCUUGAGGCUGUCAACGACCAGGCAUAAAUGGGUUGAGACGAAGGCCAGGCGAAAACUGAGCAUGGCUUGUUCUGGAUGGUGAAUCAUAUUCCAUGGACCUAAUUCUCCUCAUUUGCCUGAGAAACAGAUAUCAAUACUCUUUUUCUCAUCACCAGUCCAUCCAGAACAACUCCAAUGGCUCAUGCUGUUCCCUCAACGUUUGUCUAUAAAC